AUGGCGGGUUCUAGAGAGAGAUUACUUUACGAAAGACAUUCGGACUAUGAACAGGAGUAUGAUCGAAGAACUAGAUACGACACAGAGUAUGUGACGGGGCGAACCAAACCUGCGUAUUACGAGAAUCGUUACACAGCGCAACGCUUCGAGCCGGACCGGUCCGAGCCGGAACGGGCCGCUAACAACCGGUAUAAGGAACGAUUCGACCGCUACGAGAGACCAAGACGCAAAAACGGUUACGUUUACGAGGAUAUUUACUCUGACUACGACGAGGCUCAGGGACGGCUAUCGCUAUUCAGGCCAAUAAGGCCCGAAUACUUGAACCUUUCCACUACAUACGAAUCUAAAUAUAGCACAUUGCCUCGAAACUACACUUAUUACGAAGACAGAACGCGUAGAUAUAAGAAAGAUUACUACGAUUUUAGAAUCGAUGAGAGACGCCGUUCAAGAGAAUUAUACGAGCCUUAUAAAACUCAUGAAGUCAGAAGGAAACCUACAUACGACCGGAAACCAGAUACCGUUUACGCAGGUAGACCAAAACCGGUGAUACAACUAAAUAGAACCGAACGAAAAACGCCUAAAAACGUAGCGGUGUGCAAACCGCUUCGCUUGUCGGAAAAAAACGCGCGUUACUGGACGACGGAGCCACCGAAUAGUGCCCGUACAAAGCCAAAGAAAGAUGAACCGAAGAAAAAUGUGAAAUUUUCCGAAGUGUCCGGUUGUAACCGGAAAAUGGUUGUCGAUGAUCCGGUUUGCGGUCGCAAGUUAGUGGCAGUCAGGGAGUUGGAAGUGUCGCUCGACCAAAUGAUACAGAAUGGUUAUUUUGAGAAGCACAAUAUACCUAUAUUGAGGCCAGAGAAGACGAAGCCGGAGAUACCGGCCCCGGAACCGAACGGGAAGUGCUUAUCAGUUGGCGAAACGAAAACUUCGAGGAAAUCCAGACAUCUGCCGCAGGUGCUAGCAGCUCUCGCAGUAUCCUUGGCCCCGUUCUCAGCGGGACUUGGCAAGGGCUACAGUUCCCCUGCGAUUGCCUCACUCCAGGGCCCCGGCGCUAACGCCACCCGGCGUGACUUCCAUCUCACAGAUCAGCAGGCUUCAUGGCUAGCAUCGCUGUCAUUUCUGGGUGCACUCUUCGGUGGAAUGGCGGGAGGGGCAGCCAUGAGACACGGACGUCGCAGGGUACUGUCUCUAGCGGCGGCACCCUGCAGCGUCUCCUGGCUCCUGACAGUGGUGGCGACGUCAGUCAGGAUGAUGUGCAUCACGGCGUUCCUCGGCGGUUUCUGCUGUUCUAUUCUCACCAUGCUGUCUCAGGUCUACAUCAGCGAGAUAUCAGUGCCAGAUAUCCGGGGCUGCCUUAGCGCCGUGCUCAAGAUUGUGGGUCAUCUCGGAGUGCUGUUCAGUUUCACCAUCGGCGCCUACCUCGACUGGCAGCAGCUCGCGCUCUGCAUAUCGGCCGCUCCCUUACUUCUGUUCUGCACCGUACUCUACAUACCAGAAACACCGAGCUAUCUCGUGUUGACCGGUAGAGACGAGGAAGCGUACAAGAGUCUCCUCUGGUUACGGGGUCCCGACUCUGACGUAGCUCAGGAGCUAGCCACGAUAAGAACUAACGUUUUGGCGAGUAAGAACUUUAGUCAAAGGCAAAGCCAGAUGUCGAGUAGUCAGCUAAUCAACUCACUAGAUGUGCGAACAAUGAAUCGGCUCCUCGGACCGAUAUUAGUGACAUGCGGUUUGAUGACCUUCCAACGAUUUUCUGGCGCUCACGCGUUUUCCUUCUACGCUGUUCCGAUAUUCAGGAAAACUUUCGGCGGCAUGAACCCUCAUGGUGCGGCUAUAGCUGUAUCUUUCGUACAACUCUUGGCAUCUUGUUUAUCGGGACUUUUGAUUGACACUGUAGGGAGGCUGCCAUUGUUAAUUGUCAGCUCUGUGCUCAUGUCUAUGGCCCUUGCUGGCUUUGGGAGUUACGCAUAUUACGAAGAGGUGCACAGAAAUCAGCGCAUCCAGAACGUGAUGUUCCACCAAACCGUUGGGCAGAACGACUGGAUACCUUUGCUCUGUGUGCUGGUAUUCACGAUCGCGUUCUCGUUAGGUAUGAGUCCAAUAUCCUGGCUGCUGAUCGGGGAACUGUUCCCUCUGGAAUAUAGAGCGUUCGGGAGCGCGAUGGCCACAGCUUUCAGCUACCUCUGCGCGUUCGUUGGUGUUAAAACCUUCGUGGACUUCCAGCAGGCGCUGGGCCUUCACGGGGCCUUCUGGUUGUACGCGUCUAUAAGUGUGGGGGGCCUCUGUUUUGUUGUUUGCUGCGUACCGGAGACCAAGGGUAAGGAUCUGGACGAAAUGGACCCGAAUUACGUACAAAGUCUGUCACCUAAACGGUAA